CCUCAAUUGCGCGGAGAUGUACACAACACAAUAAAAACCCGAAGAGGAUACAAUGGCCAGAGAGUCCUUGGUACGAAAUGUCAGCGCCAGAGAAAGCCCGCCCUCCGGAAGACGUCGGUUUCGAGACCGGACCGUACGUUUUGCGCAGCCUAAUCCAUGAUGUCGCUUUGAGUGCCGGCGCUCAUGACGGAAAUGAUGUGCGAAUAACAUGCGUUGAAGUCUGGCAGGAGAACCUGUACAUUGGCACAUCCGCCGGCGAGAUCCUGCAUCAUGUUCAAAUCCCUCCAGACCCAUCCGAUCCCUCGAGCAGCGCUGUUUUUAUACUCGCAUCGCGUCUACAGCCUCCAGUUAAUCAGCAUAGUAACCAGGGUAUUCAACAGAUUCUCCUGCUCCCCGCGGUGAACAAAGCAUGCAUAUUAAGCAAUAACACGCUGAACUUCUAUACACUUCCAGAAUUGUCGCCUGCCUUUCCCCAGCUGAAACCUUUGACUUGUGGAUGGGUCGGAGGCGUGGACCUAGACUCCUCGCCCUCGGAGAGUAAAGAUGCUGUCUCUAUCAUGAUGUGUCUUCGCAGCAAAAUUCGGCUUGUGAAUAUCGGUGAGGCGGCUGCUAAAGAGCGGGACAUAGAGGAGUUUGGAGGCUGUCUAGCCACUGUAAGAAGGGGCAAUAUUGCCUGCGUAGCAGAUGCCCGGGGCUACACACUAGUUAAUCUAGUAGCUCAGCAGAAAAUAGCGCUUCCGCCCAUCUCUAGUUUAGACUCACAAGCUCAGGAAUCAGGUGGUACGACGCAAGACGAGCCAUGGCAUGUCCCGGGCGGUGUUUCGAGAAGUGCAUCCUCGGCAGGAAACUCAGGCGGCGUUCCAGCAAGCAGUCGAUUGAGCGUGCAAGAUCGUGGCCACAAUCGCAGCACGAGUCUAGGCAUCUUCAGAACUGAAUCGCCUGGUCUUGGAGAUAGUCCGAGAAACAGCAUGUCAUCACGUCAUGGUUUCGACGUACCUGCCAGCCUCAGCCGUCAAAUGUCUCCUCGACCGCCAAUAUCUCCAGAGAGAAGAGGCUCCGAGGGCGCAAAAGGGACAACCGACUUAUCAAAACCCCUUCCCGCGCCUCCAGCAGAAUCGCGCUCGGGCUCUCCGGCCCCGGGACCAAAAUCAUUGUCUCCUUUAAAACCAAUGAUCGCAUCACCGAACGACUCCGAAUUUCUUCUAGUUACUGGUACAACAAACACGGAGCCCGGAUUGGGCAUUUUUGUCAACCUAGAUGGUGAAAUUGUGCGUGGUACAAUUGAAUUUAGCCGGUUUCCUGAGGGUAUGGUUGUUGAUGGCAAGGGAAUUGACUUGUCUACGUCUGUAACGCAGGAUGAAGGCUUCGAGGGAAACGAGGAGGGCUAUGUAUUGGCGGUCGUAGAGAGGGACGAUGGGAACAAGGUAAUCGAAAUCCAGAGAUGGGACAUUGAUCCUGGAGAGGGAGCCGCUCAGAAAGAUUGGCUCAGUGUGCCUUCUUCUCAGCAGCUUGAAGGGGCCAAAUCGCUCACUUUGGGAAUCCGUAAGGUCGUUGAGUCUAUCGAGUUCGAUCUCCCGGAUGUGGUCAACAGGCUGGCACAAAAGGCUAUUCGAUUAGUUGAUGCUGGAACUUCAAGAUUGGACCAGGAAAAGGUGUCCAAACGGGAGCGCGAAGAACAAAUCUACUACCAGCGCAUGUCCAAGACCAAAACUGCCAUAACCGUUUGGACUGGCGACUCGAUAUACUGGGCUCUCCGAAAUCCACUGGUUCUGCGUCUAGAUGCGCAACUUCGCCUCGCUGAACGCGCCUCUUCACCUCCGAACGCGCCUAUCUCCCCUCAGCGAAGCUUCAUCGAAAGGCUGAUUGUUGACCUAAGGGAUCAUAGGUCAACAACCGAGCUCGAGUUCUACACGUUGGCAUACAUACGACAAAAAGCGGCACUGCUUCUCUUCAUCGAUCUUGUGUUGCAGACGGACAGGGGCACUCUCGCUUUUGAGCAUGAUAAACGAGCAACGGAAGAAGCUCUUGUGGAGAGCGAGAUCGAUCCGAGAUUUGUGCUACAAUUCCUCCCUGGAAUACGGGACGAGAUUGUGCAAGCGAAUGAGGGUGUAUGGGUGCAGGGCGGAAUUAAACAGCUUGUGGAGCAAAUUAUUGAACAAAUAACUUUGUCGAGAAACACAACUAAGGUUGAUCACCAGGGCGUAUUUGGCGACAAUCUACUCCAGGUUGUCAAGCGAUUUCUGCUGAUAUGGCGCCGGAAGAGGGGAAAUCCAAGUGUAAUAGAUGGCGAGCACGUCUUUCCCACGGUGGACGCAGCACUAUUACGUAUACUCCUUAUUCUCGACCAGCAGAGCCCCAAGGGGCCCGCGACGGCAGGCUCCAUACGCGCGGAGCUAAACUCGGUUGUUGACAGUGGGGUAGAUUGUUUUGAUCGCGCAGUCGAGUUACUCGAGCAGCACAAACGCUUGUAUGUGCUCAGUCGCUUGUACCAGAGCAAAAAAAAUGCAGCUCAAGUGCUUGCAACGUGGAAACGAAUCAUAUCUGGUGAAGAAGAUACCGGUGGCGAAUUUACCGAUGGAGAGCACGAGUUAAGAACGUAUCUGACGAAAUUGAGAAACAGGCAACUUGUUGAAGACUACGGGACAUGGUUAGCCACGCGCAACCCCAAACUUGGUGUGCAGGUUUUUGCAGAUGACAACAGCCGCACGACGUGGACGCCAAGCGACGCGUUGAAGAUCCUGCGCGAGAAAGCGCCUGCUGCAGUGAAGGAGUAUUUGGAAUACUUGGUAUUUGCCAAGAAGCAAAGCCAGCAUAUAAAUGAACUGAUAGCAUACUAUCUCGAUGCUGUGGUAGCAGAACUAGAGUCGGUGCCGGAGUCACAGAACAUGUUGAAGGCAACCUAUGAGACUUACCGCGCGCUUGUACCACCUAAGCCGACAUACAGACAAUUCAUCGAAGACAAUGCACCAACGCAAGAAUGGUGGCACUCGAGACUACGACUACUCCAGCUUCUAGGGGGGGCACAAGGAGGUGCAGGGGACUACGAUGUAGAUCUUGUGCUGGAGAGGCUGCAACCUUACGAGACUGCUCUUGUUCCGGAGAUGAUCAUUUUGAAUGGGCGACAGGGACAUCACGAACAAGCUAUUCGGCUGUUGACACAUGGCCUAGGUGACUUCGACAUGGCUAUUUCAUACUGCUUACGUGGCGGAUAUACCACGACCGCAUCGUUCAAGGACGCUGCGUUUGAAAAGCAGGCAAAGCUCUUCAAGAUCCUGCUCACUGAAUUUCUUAGAAUUGAGGAUGUGACUGAUCGUAUCGAAAGAACGGGCGAACUACUCGAACGAUUUGGUGGUUGGUUCGAAAUCGAAUACGUUCUUAGCGUGUUGCCCGACGAAUGGAGCGUUGAAAUUUUCAGUGGUUACAUUGUGUCUGCUCUGGGAAGACUAGUAAGGGAGAGGAACGAGAGCCGCAUUGUUCGUGCGCUCACUGGAUCGGAAAAUCUUCGCCUAAACGUCGCAAAGAUCGAGAGGAUAGAAGAACUUGGUUCUGUGGUCGAGGAGGUUGUCUAACUUAUCGCAAAUUAGCGUCCCGCGAGCGUGGGGUCUUGUAUAUAUCAAGCAGGACAAAUGGUCUUUGCUAAAUCUUCCUACGUAUCACGCUUGAAAAAGCCGACCAAGCAUUUGGUAUUAAGCAUCUUCUAGCGACGUUUCCAACAGCGAAAUGCUCGACAUAAUUGGACGGCGGAACUGAGGCAGCCGGAUAUAGAACUUAAAAGGAGCAAAGUUGAUGGUAGAUCAAAUUCUUGCCGGCUCCUCACUGCAAGAGAGGGUUGCGACAAACGUGCCCAGAAAUAUCUAU